UUAAAUGUGAAGUUUGUCCUUGAUAGUGCUCCAGUUUUCUUCUUUUUUGUCAGUAUUUCAAAUGGAUAAAUAUAUAUUCGAGAAGGCCAACGCAAACGUUAAAUUGUGGAGCCGCUGUUUCCCGUUUGCUGCGUCGUAAAUCCAGUGAGAAACAACAAUGUCCGACAAAAAGGAGCUGAAUUUAGCUGCAGUCCGGCAGAAUAAAGGCGUGUGGCUCGUUAAGGUUCCCAAGUAUUUAUCUCAACAAUGGGACAAAGCCACAGAAAAGGGAGAAGUUGGAAAGCUCUCAAUAGAAAAAAAACAAGGUAAAACAGAGGUGCGUUUCAGUCUAAACGAGGAGCUGGCUACCAUGGCUGCGGCAGGAGAGAAGGAGGAGUCCCUGCAGCUCCCGAGGGAAUAUCCCUUCACGAUGCACACAGCGAGCGCGCAGACCCUGGCUGUGUUCUGCCAGGGCGACGCAGAUGAAAUCAGUCUGGAGGGGACGGUGGUGCACAGAGCCGAAUGCCGACCAGUCGUCUCUGACAGCUACAUGAAGGUGAAGAGGCUGCAGAUAGAGUCUGUCAAGCCUCAGCGUUUGUCACAGCAGCUGGACAGAGCUGUCACCACCAUCUUCAAGCCCGUGGCCAACCACGACUUCAAUUUGGAACAUGAGAAGAAGAAGAAGUCCGAGGGGAAGAUGGUGAGGGCGGAUCGGCAGGUGGUGUUGGACAUGCUCUUCUCUGCCUUCGAGAAGCACCAGUAUUACAGCUUCAAGGACCUGGUGGACAUCACCAAACAGCCUGUGACCUAUCUCAAAGAGAUCAUGAGGGAGAUCGGGACGUGCAAUCGGAAGGGAGCGCACAAAAGCACCUGGGAGCUGAAGCCUGAGUACCGCCACUACCAACCGGGCGAGGAAGAGGAGGAGGAGAAGAGCCCCUAGCUGCUUCAGCCUCUCCUGAGACGGCUCCAAGGAAUCAUUAAAACGUCACAUGGGUGUAAACCGUCAUGUUUGGCACGACAGACGGGUGUUUUUUGUUUUUGUUU